CACCAGGCAGCAACAAGUCUGUACUACAAGAGAACUACAACCGAUGACAACAAAGUGCGGGGACCCGAAGCCACGAUCAGAGGAGUUUACAGAGUAAAUGCACAAGUUGCAGAGCCUCUUCACAGCCAAACUGGCUAAAAUUCUUCAUCAAUUGUUCGUAAGACUUGCAAGCUCUGGAGGAAGACCUUCAGCUCCCCUGGGAUCAAGAAUACUGACCAAUCCUGAUGACAUUUUUAAGCACAAUAUGUGGGAUCAUGUACAGUGGACAGAAGAAGAAAAAGAAAAUGCAUGUCAAAAGGCACAAGAAAAUUCCUGCGUUCAAAUUCCUUUAAUGGAACAAAGCAAAUUUCACACAAAAGGUUGUCAGUACUGGGACAGGUUUUACAAGAUGCACCAUGAUAAAUUCUUCAAAAACCGCAAAUGGCUGUUCUUAGAAUUCCCAGAACUGCUUCCUUUAGGUGCCCAUGGUCAAGCCAUGCAAGGGUGUUAUGAAGAACAGGAGCCAGGUUACCCGCUAUCUAGUUCAUCAGGCAGAAAAACAGACUUCAUGCACGAUCAACACAGCAGAACUACUCAUCAUCACAGAUGUCCCAACGCCUCAGAUUGUCAGUUGUCCUGUCAAGGAGCAGUGCUGCGGAAAAAUGAAGCUACCACAGAAUCUGCCUUUCCUGGAGAGCAUUCUUCUUUCAGGAUCUUUGAGGUUGGCUGUGGGGUGGGUAACAGUGUGUUUCCCAUUGUUGAUUCCAUCAAAGAGACAGAUGGAUUUUUAUACUGCUGUGACUUUUCUUCACGGGCCAUUCAAGUAGUAAAGGAGCAUCCAGACUACGAUCACUCUGUGUGCCAUGCGUUUGUGCAUGAUAUUUGUGAGCAGGAGGCUUCCCUUCCUUUUCCUCCUGAGAGCUUGGAUGUUAUUUUGGCAGUCUUUGUGCUCUCUUCCAUUCAUCCGCAGAGAUUGCAAGGAGUCUUGAACCAACUUUGUACAUACCUGAAACAUGGAGGGAUAUUUCUGUUCCGCGAUUAUGGGAGAUAUGACUGUUCACAACUCAGGUUUAAAAAGGGACAGUGCUUAUCAGAGAAUUUCUAUGUACGUGGAGAUGGAACCUGUGCCUAUUUUUUCACUAAAGAAGAAGUUCAUGAUUUGUUUUCCAAUGCUGGACUGCAGGAAAUCCAGAAUCUGGAGGAUAAACGUCUACAAGUGAACCGAAGAAAGAAACUUGUAAUGCAUCGGGUGUGGGUGCAGAGCAAGUACAGGAAAUUAUGACAUUACACACUUCCAGAAUUGUAACACUGGCCGAUGGAAAUCUAUUUUCUUGUUUUCUACCAGGAGUAGCUGUAGAACAAUCAAAACCAUGUUCAGUAAAUAUACAGUACGAAACAACUGGUCAACAACAAAUGAGUUGUUAAUAUGUGGUUGUACAAGAGUAGAUGAAUAAAUGUGCCUACAACUUC